AUGGCCCGUACCAAGCAGACUGCCCGCAAGUCCACCGGUGGCAAAGCGCCCCGCAAGGCCCUCGCCUCCAAAGCCGCCCGCAAGAGCGCCCCGUCCACCGGCGGUGUCAAGAAGCCCCAUCGCUACAAGCCGGGUACCGUCGCUCUCCGUGAGAUCCGUCGUUACCAGAAGUCGACCGAGCUCCUCAUCCGCAAGCUCCCCUUCCAGCGUCUCGUGCGUGAGAUUGCCCAAGACUUCAAGAGCGACCUGCGCUUCCAGAGCUCCGCCAUCGGCGCCCUGCAAGAGUCCGUCGAGGCCUACCUCGUCUCCCUCUUCGAGGACACCAACCUGUGCGCCAUCCACGCCAAGCGUGUCACCAUCCAGAGCAAGGACAUCCAGCUCGCCCGCCGCCUCCGUGGUGAGCGCUCUUAA